AUUGAUCAGGCUCAAUUUCUGAGAGAAUACAAGUUGGUGGUUGUGGGAGGUGGUGGUGUCGGCAAAUCUGCUUUAACAAUCCAAUUCAUUCAAUCACAUUUCGUGGACGAAUAUGAUCCUACCAUCGAGGAUUCGUACCGCAAACAAUGUGUCAUCGAUGAUGAAGUUGCGUUAUUAGACGUUUUGGAUACUGCUGGACAAGAGGAAUAUGGUGCCAUGAGAGAACAGUACAUGCGGACGGGUGAAGGAUUCUUGCUAGUGUAUUCCAUCACAUCACGUAGCUCCUUCGAAGAAGUAUCAACCUUCCAUCAACAAAUUCUUCGAGUCAAAGAUAAAGACUAUUUCCCCGUUUUAUUGGUAGGUAACAAGAUAGAUCUUGAAUAUGAACGUCAAGUCCAAGUUUCAGAGGGUCGUGAAUUAGCCAAACGUUUUGGAGCUGCUUUCGUGGAGACAUCGGCAAAGAACAGAUUAAACGUGGAUGAGGCAUUCCAUUCUCUUGUUAGAACUAUCAGGAGGUAUCAAAAAGAUUCUGGACCUGUCCCUGGGAAUUCUCCACCGGGAAGGACCAACACUGGAGGUGUAGGUGGAAGACCCAAUGAGAAACACGAUGAUCAAGUGGAGAAGGGUUGUUGUGGAGGUUGUAUCAUCCUGUGA